AUGUGGGAGGACAAGGCGAACCGGCGAGGUGGGCGAUGGGUCCUCAAGCUCCCGCGCGGAGACCGAGCACGAACGCUCGACACGAUGUGGGAGGAGACUCUGAUAGCCAUGCUGGACGGUAUGUUCUCCAACAGCGGCGACAUUUGUGGUGCCGUGCUCAACGUACGAGGACGAUUCGACAAAAUAUCUCUCUGGGUGAAGGAUUCGUCGAACAAGCAAAGCGUGCUGGCCAUUGGAUGGAAUUUGAAAGAAUGUUUGUGUCUUGCCCCGGACAUUGAGUUAGAGUUCGAGGCACACAUAGACGCGAUGAUGAAAGAUACUGAUAACAGACAGUGA